AUGGCUGAGAAGUUCCCCAAGAGUUUGGAUUGGCGUGACUCCGAACCAUGUGUCGUGUCCCCGGCGAAGAACCAGGGACAUUGCGGAUCUUGCUGGGCUUUCGCCACCACCGGCGUCGUCGAGAGCCACGCUGCCAUCGCGUCCGGAGUGCUGACAAUCCUCUCCCCCCAGCAGCUCGUGACGUGCGCCGAGAACAAGUUCCAUUGCGGCGGCACUGGCGGCUGCGACGGCUCGACGUCCGAGCUGGCCAUGGACUACAUCAAAAAGUAUGGGAUGACCUACGAGGACGUGAUCCCAUAUGUCUCUUUCUUCGGCGACGAGCCCAAGUGCAGCGACACGAUGAAAUACCGCGCCAUGGCUUACAAGAUGGUGACGAUCGAGGGCUGGGUCAAGACGGAGACAAACUCCUACGAAGCCGUCAUGCACGCCCUUGUGAACUAUGGGCCGCUUGCCAUCUCCGUGGACGCCUCGCAUUGGAGUCCUUACAGCUCCGGCAUCGCCAACCCUUGCAGCAUCAAGAAGAAUGUUGACAUCGACCAUGCUGUCGGCCUUGUUGGAUUUGGCGAGGAGGAUGGCAAGAUGUACUGGACUGUGAGGAACUCGUGGGGCGCAACGUGGGGCGAGAAAGGCUACAUCCGGCUGGAGAGGCAGGACAAGAAGUAUUGCGGCAUGGACUCGACUCCCCACCACGGGAGCGCCUGCGAAGCUGAUCCGGACACGCCUGUGAAAGUGUGCGGCACCUGCGGCAUCCUCUACGACGUGAGCUACCCCACGGGUGCCGCCGUGGUCGGGGUCGGAAAGGGCACCGUCGACCGCUGA